AUGAUUCCUGAGACAACCUACCACAUCAUCACUCGACUAAAACAACCGGAGAAAGCCAUUAUGUAUCAGAAGCUUCCCGACAUGUGCCCUCCAUUUGGCUUAGACCGAACUCCGUCAUGUCAAUUUACAUCUCGCCUGAGGAAUUUUGAUCCAAGCUUGACCGAUGCCAUAAUUGUAGCUUCUAGCUCCUCCACAGACAUUGGUUUGGUGACAAGAACAACGAAUCCUUUGACCCGUGAUGUGGCUGUUGAGAAGGUCAUCAAUGUUUUUACGACUACGUCAAUGGCGGAUGACUCAAGAAGAGCGCAGCUGCCAAUGACCGAAAAUUUCAAGGACUCUUCACCAAUCGGAUUGGCUUUUGACUUGUCGAGCACAGAAAGGGUAAAACGGCCUCUACCCAAAGAAGAGUAUGAGGAGUCGCCAGGCCCGUUGCCAGCUGUGAUGGUCUUGAAUAAUGAGGGAGUUCUCGCUACCUGGUGGCUUGUGUACACAGAGUCAAUUCGGCAGGGCACGACUUAUUCUGGCCUCGUCGCGGUCAGCAAGACGAAUCCUCAACAGCUGCAACCCCAAGGACAAGCGACUCCUUUUGGCCAGGCCGCUUCAAGUGGAGCUCCCACAUUUGGUGCAAGCGCUUUUGGUAAACCCUCAACACCUUCCAAUUCCUUCGCCGCUCAAGCAAGUCCCAAAUCUAAUUUGCUUGGCUCUGCUCAACAAACUAGUGGUGGCUUUGGUGCAACAUCUGGAUUGGGACAGAAAUCAUCACCAUGGGGAGGGCCAUCAACAACCCUAGGCAGUCAAACCUCUGCGCCAGCAUUUGGUCAAACCGGGUUUGGACCCGGAACGCCGUCGAGCACCACAGUUCAGGGUUCUGGUUUUGGCAUGACAGGUGGCCUAGGCAAUCGUGCUUCUCCUUGGGGAGCACCAUCUGGUCCUGGAGCACCUACGGGCUCAAACCUGGGCUCACAAGCAUCGCCUUUUGGGGUAAUCACUGGAGGAAACUCAUCGGCUUCCACAGCUGGAGGCUUCGCAUCAUUUGCUAAAAGCUCUUCUGGGUUUGGAACUGCCCAGCCCUCAGGAGACGCUCCCAGUUUAUUUGGGAAGCAACCUUCAGCGAGUGCAUUUGAUGCAGGUGGCGGGAUUCGUAGUGGCUUUGGAAACCCAGAGCAAAAAAGCACUUUCGGCGAAGGGACAUUUUCCCUUGGUUCAACUUUCAAAGCUGACGAUAAAACGGGCGGUGAGGCGGAGCCGGCUGGAGACUCAACAAAAUCGCUAUUUGGCAGUGGCUUUGGUAACAUGCUUGGAAAUACAGCACCUGCUCAGUCUAAGGACGCAGAUAUGGACGAGAGUGAAGAUGCCCCUGUCGUAUUGAAUACAAGCCAGAAGGAUCAAAGCGAGGAACAUAAAUCUGCAUCUGCACCUGCACCUGUACCUGCAGCGCCAAAGUUCAAUUUUCCGAAAACCGAGCCACCUAAAAUUGGAGGGCUUUUCGGCACCCAAUCUCAAAGUAAAAUUACCCCCGCUGCAGUUCAGGAUAGUAAGCCUGCUGGUUUUAUGGCAAGUCGUGAUGCUCAGGCGAGCAAUUCAAGGGAAGAGACUCCACAACCUCCUGAUCGUACACGGCCGACCAUCGAUACAUCCCCAAAGAUCAAGGAAGAGCCUCAAUCGGACGAAGAUGACAUAUCUCCGCUUAAUGAGGAAGAGGCGCAACCUCCAGAGGGUUUUGGCGACCUAAGUGGAGAUGGUGAGUCUUCAGAAAAUAAGAGACCUGAGACCCCUGCUCGUUCUCGUUCGGGAUCAGCUGAAAGUCCACUGCCCCCCGAGUCUACGAGCAAGACUACUUAUGCGCCAGGAGAUUCCUCCAAUUCCUCGAAAUCUUCAGACGACGUGCCUUUACCUCCGGAUUUCAUCCCUUCGAAGUCCAAGCUUCACAAUGUAGAACCUGCCACGAAGGCGCUGCCUACUGAUGACGAGGAGGACGGAGAAGAAGGGCAAGUUCACGAUUCUGAAGAGGAAGAAACGGACGAGCCGCUUGAUGAUGAAGGCAGUGGUAUUGAUGUUGCUCAGGAGUUCAGCCCUUCAAGCUCGAAAGAGAGCUCAAAACUUACAGAGGCCGGCUCCUUUGGAUUUGCACAUGAGAAAAGCUCUACAGAGAACACAGAAAACCUAUUCUCCACUGCGAUGAGGCAGCCCCUGCCCGAAUCAGUUCCUUUAUUUGGGGAAGUGGGCAGGCAUGCUCAACCCCUUUUUCCUCCUUCGACGAAAGCGCAAGAGGGUCCACGGUCACCUAGUCCAAUACGUCCCUCCAACAUCGCAGAUAGCUUACGACCGGACAAUGCCAGGUCUGUAAGCGCUCCUGGCCCUAUGAGGCGACCAAACAGCCGGUUUCGGUCGUCGGCUCAGCCUGCGACUCCAAAAGCACCCCACCAAUCAACCAACGAAGCUCGCCAAAAAGAACAAGAGCGGAUUAAGAUGGCUCAGGCAAAGAAAUACCAGGCAGAGCAUCAGGAUCUGGAUGACGAUGAAGCUGAAGCCAACGAGUAUCUAUUACAAACGGAACCAACGCCUUCUAGAAAUUUGGACGAUUUCCUCACGCAUCAGGACUAUGUGGGAAACAUUGAUAAGCCCGGCCUCGCCGGCCAGAUUGAGAAGGUCUUUCGCGACAUCAACUCAAUGAUUCACACGCUCGGUUUCAAUGCGAGAGCGCUGAAAUCGUUCACUAUGGGCCAUGAACAGACAUCAAAGCAAAGCCACUGCACUCGUGACGAUUUAGACUCCCUUGACGAUUGGUGUAUUGUAGAUGUAGAAGGACUUAAUGAGCUGGAGGGCGAAUUCGAAGCUCAACUUGAAGAAAGCCGAUUACAGAACGUUCCUGAAAAAAUCAGCAACAUCCGCGGAUUACAAGGAGACAUCUCUGACUUGCGUUGUCAGUCAAAACACGUCGCACGUACCAUCAAGCAACGCAGAGACUCUUUGCCCAAUGUUGAGGCGGCAUCAGAAGCCCCAUUGAAUCUGGACCAGCAGACACAGUUAAGAGACAUCCGACGAGCAUUCACGCAUCUACAGAAACAAGUGAGUGACGCAGAACAGGGACUCGUCUUGAUACGCACAAAAGUGGCAAGCCAAGCCAAUGGUACUCGAGCGAAUGGGAAGCAACCUUUGAGGCAGCCCACAGUUGAAGCUGUAGAGAAUACGAUACGCAAGAUGACAAACAUGAUCAACAAGAGACAUGAUGAGAUCGAUGUCCUCUCAUCUCAAAUGGAAGGACUGCACCUACCUCCACCUACAAUCCCAGAGGGGCUGAAUGACGAGAAUCUCAAUUCUAGCAGACACGGAACCUCCCGAUUAUCGACACCUGCAUCGGCGCGUAAGAGUCACUUGAGCCCAUUGCAACACAGUAGGUAUCGAAGUCGGACGUCAAACCAACAAUAUGGAGAUUCGUCACGGCAACAUUUUUUAGAGCCUGAUGGAGAAGCCUCCACAGGCGCUAAUGCGGCAGGCAACGAUGAGCUACAAGCGUAUCGAGCCAAAGCAAGGAAGCGGCGCGAGAUCAAUGAAGUUGUGAAAGACGUUUUUGGAAAGGAUAGGGUGAAGGUGCGCGAGUUGGAUUAG